CCAUCAACCGACACGACUCCAGCCCCCAUCAGAGUUGUCAUACCAUUUAAAGAUCAGGUCUCUGCUAAUAUAGUGAAAAAACGUCUCACAGACCUCAGCUUAAAAAUCAAGACCACUAUUCAGCCCGUGUUCAUCAGCAGAAAACUCAACGAAGACCUUAAAUUUCGAGAAGUCAAGCCAGCCAUUGUUAACCAACAAUGUUUAGUUUAUCAAUUUCAAUGUAACCAGUGCGAUGCAGGAUAUGUUGGUUACGCUCGCGGCCACCUCCACGAACGCGUUGAUGGACACAAACACAAAUCGUCGUCAAUUUACAAACAUUAUUUCAGCGAACAUAACUCGGACGUACCACCUUUUGGUUUAGAACAAUUUCACGUGCUCACUAAAGGUUGUAAAAAAUUUGAUUGCCUAAUUAAGGAAAUGCUCUUUAUAAGAAAACUCAAACCAUCCCUAAACGUGCAGGCGGACUCGAUUCGCGCAAAGGUAUUCACUUGA